AUGGUACUGGGCCUGAGACUUGGAGAGUUCUUCAGGCAUCCCUACCAUCCAAGUGACUCCCAUGAAGCAGUGAAGGAAGCCCUUGUUGAUAUAGGAGAGGAGUUUUCUGGAAGAGGCAGUUUCCCACUGACUAAAAGAAUUAACAAAGGAUUUGGCUCACCUUGUGAUCCUACCUUCAUCCUUGGCUGUGCUCCCUGCAAUGUGAUCUGCUCCAUUGUUUUCCAGAAUCGUUUUGAUUAUAAAGAUCAGAAUUUCCUUGAAUUGAUGAAAAAAUUAAAUGAAAACCUCAGACUCAUAAGCAGCCCAUGGAUACAGGUCUACAAUACUUUCCCUACUAUCAUAGAUUAUUUCCCUGGAAGUCAUAACCAAGUAAUUAAAAAUUUUUGCUAUAUGAAGAAUUAUGUUUGGGAGAAAAUAAAAGAACACCAAGAAUCCUUGGAUAUGGAUAACCCUCGGGACUUCAUUGAUUGUUUCCUGAUCAAAAUGGAGCAGGAGAAGCACACUCAGCAUUCUGAGUUUACUAUUGAGAACUUGAUUACUACUGCGGCUGAUAUGUUUGGAGCUGGAACAGAAACUNNNNUGGCAACCAUACCACUUCUCUUCCAUUAUACCAUUUUUCACUAUGUCUUACCAGCUAAAGUCCAGGAAGAGAUCAACCGUGUGGUUGGCCGACACCGGAGCCCUUGCAUGCAGGACAGGAGCAGCAUGCCCUACACGGAUGCUGUGGUACAUGAGAUCCAGAGAUACAUUGACCUUAUCCCUAUGAGCCUGCCUCAUUCAGUGACCCGUGACAUUAAAUUCAGAAACUACUUCAUCCCUAAGGGUACCACCAUAAUAACGUCACUGACAUCCAUGCUGCAUGAUGACAGAGAAUUUCCCAGUCCUGAGAAGUUUGACCCUGGCCACUUUCUGGAUGAGAGUGGCAACUUCAAGAAGAGCGACUACUUUGUGCCUUUCUCAACAGGAAAGCGGAUGUGUGCAGGAGAAGGCCUGGCUCGCAUGGAGCUGUUUUUGCUCUUCACCACCAUUUUACAGAAUUUUAAACUGAAGCCUGUGGUUGAUGUAAAGGACAUUGACACCACCCCAAUUGCCAGUGGCCUUGGCCAUAUGCCGCCUUUGUACCAGCUGUGCUUCAUUCCUGUGAGGGCAGAGUCCCUAUGCUGCCACCUGCAGCUUCUCCACGGGGGCACUGCCACCUCCUUCCUGGGUUACGGUUGCUUUGUCCCCCAUUUCCCCAUUCCCUCAAGAUCCAGUGGAUAUCCAACCUCAUUACGCUGAGCUCUCUGGGUCAGUGC